AUGGAGUCUGCAAGACUAGCAGCAGAGGCGACUCAGCAGAGGCAUUUGGAAGCCCUGCAUCAGCUAGGAGAAAACCGUUCAGUAGCGGAGAACAGAUUACCAUACAUUGAGUACCUUCUUGCUGGAGAGGUCGUGCAUUGGUGGUCCAGCAUGAAGAUGAUGUUGGAAGAUAGUAGGGAACCCAUCACUUGGAAGUUGUUUAAGAAGAAGUUCUAUGCUGAGUACUUCCCAAAUAGUGUGAAGUACACAAAGGAGGUUGAGUUCUUGCAGCUGAUGCAAGGAGACAUGAAGUUUGAGAAUGGGCUGAGAGGCGAUCUCAAACUCAUGGUGGCUCCACUCUCUAUCAAGGAAUUCCCUGCCUUGGUAAAGAAGGCAAGAGUAAUGGAUAAGCUUAAGGUUGAAGUUGAAGCUCAGCAGAGGACAUGUCAUAGAUGUGGCCAUGAGGGCCACUUCAUCAAGGAUUGCCCCGCUGGUAGGAGUACAGUGUCGAGGCCUCCAUCACAACCUCAGCCAUAUCAGACGAGGGGAGGUGCAGAGGCAGCCAGAUCAGGUAAUCGUAUCAUCGCAUCUUGUGUGAUUGUUGGUAGGAGCUUACAUGUUCUAUAUGAUUCGGGAGCGACGCACUCCCUUGUGUCGGAAUCUAAAGUGGUAGAGUUGGGUCUUCCGAUGAGGGAACUCCAGUAUGACCUGGUGGUGUCCACGCCUGCUUCUGGGUUAGUCAGAACCUCGAUAGUGUGUGCUAGGUGUCUGAUCGAGGUUGAGGGGAGCAAGUACAGGGUAAACCUUAUUUGUUUACCUCUGGAAGGGUUAGAUGUAAUCUUGGGAAUGGAUUGGCUAUCUGCCAAUCACAUUCUCAUUGAUUGCAACGAGAAAAAGGUGUUGUUUCCUAGCUUGGAAGAAGAAUAUUUGUUGAUGUCCUCCCAGCAGGUGGAUAAAGCAAUGAAGGAAGGAUCUCAGUGUUUCUUGAUUCUGACUCAACUAUCUGUUGAGACUGGAAGCAUAAAUACUGAAACACCUAUGGUAAGGGACUUCUAA